UUGCGUUAACGUGACGUUAUUUUUGUACCCGGAAGAAUCUCACCGGAGAAACGGUGGAGGAGCGAGAGGACUUUCGUAAAGAGCCUCUUUUCCAUUCCUGGUGGCUGUUAUAAGCGAUGCUCCAGAGAAGAUGGGCCAUUCUCUGUGUAUCUGCUCUCGCAGUGCCAUCACCAUCGACAACAAGAAAUACUACUUCAUCCAGAAACUAGACGAAGGUGGUUUCAGUUACGUGGACCUUGUGGAGGGAUCGCACGACGGCCGUUUCUACGCUCUGAAGCGGAUCCUUUGCCACGACCGCGAGGCUCGUCAGGAGGCUCAGACAGAAGUGGAGAUGCACCAGCUCUUCAGUCAUCCCAACAUCCUCGGUCUGACCGGACACAGCUUCAUGGAGAGAGCGGGCAAAUGUGAAGCGUGGCUGCUGCUCCCGUACAUCAGUAAGGGAAGUCUCUGGUCCGUUCUUGAGAAGCUGCGGGACAAGGGAAGCUCUGUGUCUGAGAGCCUCAUCCUGAGCAUUCUACACGGUGUCUGCGAGGGCCUUAAAGCCAUUCAUGACGCAGGCUACGCACACAGGGACCUGAAACCAACCAACAUUUUACUGGAUGAGAACGAUCGCCCUUAUUUAAUGGAUUUGGGCUCUAUGAACAAGGCCAGCAUGGAAGUGCGGGGGUCACGGGAAGCCAUGAGGGUCCAGGACUGGGCUGCUCAGCGCUGCACCAUCUCCUACAGAGCCCCAGAACUCUUCAAUGUAGAGAGUCACUGCAUCAUCGAUGAGAGAACAGACAUCUGGUCUCUAGGUUGUGUGCUGUACUGUAUGAUGAUGCUGGAGGGUCCGUACGACCUCAUCUUUCAGAAGGGUGACAGCGUUGCUCUCGCUGUUCAGAAUCCCGUGUCCAUUCCACAGCCUUGCAGUUAUUCUCAAGGGCUUCAAACCCUCCUCAGCUCUACCAUGGUGAGCAAUCCUCAGGAAAGACCCAGAAUCAGCUGGGUACUCCAUCAAAUCCAGAACCUGCAGGGCUCAGAAGGGACAGCCGUCGAUACCAACAGAGUAUGAUGCUCUCGCAAAGGGCUCGACUACACGUCUCUCUUCUUGAUUUUCAAUCAACUGGACGUUUUGGACUAUGCACUCUCUCUCUCAUUUGGACAGAAGUAAACUCACGGCCGGGUCAUACCUCAGUCAGCUCAGAAGGACAAGGUUGUUUGCGACACACAGUCACACCGUCACUGCAUCAGUGUCCAGCUCCAUUUACCCCAGAGUCAACAGACCAAAGAAUGACUUUUGUCAUUUAUAACAUGUUAGGAUUAUUUCUACGGGCAUUUAUUGUGAUGGAAAUAAUGUGCUGUGCGCUUUUCCACGUCUUAUGGUUGUACUGUUUAGAAAAACAAAAAAGGAUUAUUUAAAAGAAAUCUGGGAGGUUAGUUAUAUUAUUUGAGCAGUUUGUCUCUGGGAAAGAAACGUCUCAGCUUGUUUUUGUAGGUUCAGUGUUUCAAAGCUGUGAUGCUGUCAGUGAGGCAAAAUCUCUCCGUCAUCGCUCAGAAGUCAUGCGUCUGGCAUUGAGAUGUCAACGGUUCAAAGAAUCUGAAAAAGACCCAGAAAAUAGACGUACUGAAGGAGUGAGUGAUAAUCUGUAGGUCAAGCUUCUGUAAAGUUCAUCUGAGAUUGCUCUGAGAAAGGAUUUGUGAGGGCUGGUCGUUUUAAUGCUCACUGUCCAGUUUUCAGCGGUACAGAGGAUAUAAAAAGACUUUUCUCUCAUUUCUUACAGUAUUAGAUGGAUGCGCAUUAAGCCAUUUAAAAUAUUUUAAGCAUAGAUUUUAAGAAUUAUUCAUGUUUAUUUAUUUCUGAUAUGACCUCACUAGAAAGUGGAGGAAACUUCCAAAGAAAGUAGUUAAAAAUGUAACAUUAUUUUAUUAACUUUUUUCUCCUUGUUGAUCUCAGUCUAACAGAUGAAACACAGAUGAAUUGUUUAGUUUUUUUAUGCAAAAUACAAUUCUCUUUUUACUCCUGAUUGUGGUGAAAUAUAACUGUACUUGUAAUGAUAAUUUGUGAGAUAUACCCACACAACGGGCUUAAUUUAUCAUAAAUCUAGAAUGAAGGAAACAUUCCUGUUACACAUUGAGUUUUGCUGUGAAUAAGGACCGUACUGUCUAUGACAGUUUUAGCUUUAAGGAAUAUAAUCUUGACAUUCAUUAAUUUCCAGCGUCAUAUCUUCAGUCCUGAUUUAUUUGACAGAAUAUUUGUUUAUGUUUCUCUGUUCUUUUCAGGGUUUUUCUCAAUUAUGCAAACCUUGUAGUUUAUAGGAUAUAAAACUAUAAAAAUGCAUCUUUUGCUUUUCAUUUACCCUGUGUGGUUUGUCUUUUUUAAACGAUGAAUAAAGUGUAAAUUGAAAAGUGA